AUGAAUCUAUCUAUCUAUACCAGUGUUCCUAUCUGUCUGUCGAUCUAUCUAUCUCAGUCUAAUUUAUCACAGUCUGUUCCUAUCUAUCUAUCUAUCUAUCUAUCUAUCUAUCUAUCUCAGUCUGUUCAGAUCUAUCUAUCUAUCUAUCUAUCUCAGUUUAUAUCUAUUUAUUUAUCUAUCUCUGUUACUAUCUAUCUAUUUAUGUAUAUCAGUCGGUUCCUAUCUAUCUAUCUAUCUAUCUAUCUCAGUCUGUUCAGAUCUAUCUAUCUAUCUAUCUAUCUAUCUAUCUAUCUAUCUAUCUAUCUAUCUCAGUUUAUAUCUAUUUAUUUAUCUAUCUCUGUUACUAUCGAUCUAUUUAUGUAUAUCAGUCGGUUCCUAUCUAUCUAUCUAUCUAUCUAUCUAUCUAUUUAUCUAUCUCAGUUUAUAUCUAUUUAUUCAUCUAUCUCUGUUACUAUCUAUCUAUUUAUGUAUAUCAGUCUGUUCUUAUCUAUCUAUCGAUCUAUCUCAGUCCGUUCAUCUAUCUAUCUAUCUAUCUAUCUAUCUAUCUAUCUAUCUAUCUAUCUAGCUACUUAG